ACGUGCCAUCGACGCCUUCCCCCCCACCUCUAUCUAAAUAAAACAACAGUUAGCCGUAAGUCGGUAAACGCGCCGCACGGUAUCUGUACAGUUCUAUUUUAUCCAGCGAGCCUCGUUAUACGAGGGAAAGUUAUAUUAAAUGUCCCAGAUACUGGCAGCGUUCGUGUGAAGUGGAUCAAUAUAUGACUGGAUAAAUCGACACAAAAAUGGAUCUAAGUGUGGAACAAGUGGUGGAAGGUAUAUUAUCGGAGAAAUCGCAUGAAACGCCUUCCGACACGGCGAAACCAGAAGAAUUAGUGUUGGAAUUGCCGGAUUGGUACGAUGAAAAAGAAUUUGACAAAGGCCGGCGUUUCUUCUGGGACAACUGCUUCAUGUUAUCCACGUCAAUGCUACUCGGGCUGAUCGCGGUGUUCUCAGUGCCGUCCAUCUUGAGGAUCCUGGUCAGCACCCGCCGCUCCAACUCUAUGUUCACCGCGUACAGGAGAUACCUGUCUACGUUACUGCAUACUACGUCUUGGUUCGAGAAUGAGCUCAAGCCAGGCAGUAUUUCAUGGAAAUCGCUGACCGCUGUGCGGACCCGUCACGUUCGAGCCAGCAUGGCCGCCAAGACCAAAGGCCUAGGUGUACUGUCCCAACGAGAUAUAGCACUAACGCAGUUCGGUUUCAUCGGGUUUUCCGUGCUGAAGCCAGAGAAGUUCGGAAUCAACCAGCUGAAGCCUGGCGAGUGGGAGGCAUAUAACCACGUGUGGAGGACUAUUGGAUAUAUGAUUGGAUUGGAAGACAGGUACAACAUAUGCCGUAAAACCUUCGCGGAGACCCGUGAAGUUUGUCAGAUACUCCUCGAUCGAGUCUUUACUCCAGCCUUAGAGAACGCUCCAGAAUACUUCGAGCAUUCAGCCAGAGUCAUGCUGGACGGGAUGUGGCACGUGAACCCGACUUUAGACGCAGAAGCCACUAUAUACUGGUGUCGUUACUUGGCCGAUGUACCAGGGUAUAUUUAUACUGAUAAUGACAGAAUGGAAUUCCAGAAGAGGCUGAUAGGACAGUUGAAAGGAAAGGACCUAAGUACUGGAGUCGACUCCACAUUGCUUAUAUCAAAGCCAGCAGUCAACGGCCUACCAGACAGACCUGCUCGGCUUCUCUACUACAAGGACUACGAAACCCUCGAAUCAGUCCCUGAGUACAAAAGACUGACUUCCAAAGGCAAACGAAAACUUGCCUUCGGAGCCUUUGCUGCAACGUUCUACAGCACAUACUUAGGCCGGCUAUACUUUAACUUGAAUUAUCUGUUUAGCUUGCUCCUUAUGAAAUAUUGCCCAUAUCUUGCCUUUUUCAGCUUCGGAAUUAAAGCCUCUUUUGUUAACAUAUUUGUAGAGGAUCCUAUUGAUGAUGAGAAGCCGAAGCCUAAUUCGGAAUAUACUAAGCCGCGACCGCCAGAGCCGUGGUAUCAGGAGUGGCUAUCUUUAAUAUGGUGACAAUGUUAGAUGUACAGAUCCAGAUUUGUUGAAUUUUUUUUUUACUUUUACAUUCAUUAGUCUUUUUGGGCUUUUCGACUGUCAUAUCGUUUAUGACAAAAACAGUAGAUGUUAACUAGUUGGGAGGUUUACAGAGAAAGUUCAUAUUUUUGACUGCAAACCACUUGAUCUCACACUGUAAGUUACCUAAUUACCUACCGUUACUAUUGCGCUACUCCACUUUUGUUCAAUCAGCUUGUAAUCAACAAAAUUAGCUACAACUAUAACAAAGUUAAUAAACUAUAAAUAGCUAAUUUAACUAUAGUAAAUUUCUAAAUGAUAUAUUAGCGUGCAAAGGUAUUAUUUUCUUUGACCUUCCCUUACAAUUGAGGAAGUUCUGGGACCUUCCUAAGGAAGGCGGCAGUGGGACAAACGCCUUAUGACAAUGAGUAUUAUAUGAUUACAGGUGUCAUACCGAUUAUAGAUUAAAUUAAGCAAUGUCAAUCAUUUCUAAAGUCUAUCAUUACGCAUAUUACUGGUUGCGUAACUUCGAGUAUUUACGUAUAUGCUAAUUGCAUCGACGUAGUGCAUCAAAUUAUAUCUGAUUGACAUUUAACUACCGUCUUAUCACUUUGAAUUGAUAAUUUAAUAUUCUAUUUUGAAAAUUGUGAGAUUCUGUGUGUAUUGUAUUUUUAUAAUUAUAUUGAUAAAAUAACAAUUAAGUAUUUAUCUAUUCUUAAUUUAUGUUAUGAUUGACACGUUUUGAAAUAUUUAUGAUUACCUACGUUUAUUUUGUAAGAAAGUAAUAAGGUAUUUAUAAGACUUAGAACAAGGGCAUGUUUACGCAAUGACAAAGGAAAUUACUAGAACAAAGCAUUCGAAUUGCGUAAAAACCUGAAA